GCACAAAAUUUCAUUCCAUAAUCAGACUGGCAACGAUCAAUUUUACAUAUAUCUAAAAAAUACUUCAUAAUAAUAAUUUUAAAAAUAAGGUUACCACUGUUGGGUUCAAACACUAAGCAUUACUACUAGCCAUGGCGGCUAAGAAAACCACAUUUGAUCUGAUGAACCUGGGAUAUCCGGUUCACGCGGAUCCGUAUGAAGUAGAUAAUAAAUCGUCAUCGCCGACCCAAAGAGCGAACAGCGAAACUGUAAUGUCCUUCAAGGAGCUAAAGGAAAAGCUGCACAAGGAGGCGAAGAACAUAAUGCCGGACUUUUUCCCGCGGGAUCCGUCCUCAAGUUCGGAUGACUCGGAUGAUUUUGACUUUCCCGAGACUCUAAGAGAACGGGCACGUCGCAUGUCCUUCGCCCGUCGCCGCAAAAUGCACUACAACGAGUUCGCGACGGUCCAGUUGGCCAGGCGGCUGAUACACGAGGAGUUCAACACUUCGUCGGAGAGCCUGCAUAGCGAGGAUAACGACUACCUGGCGGAAAUCGCCGACGAGGAGUGUGCUCCCUGCCAGGGCGACUCCCGCGAAUCGUAUCCGUACAUCCAGUACGAUCGCGUCACCACCCAUUCGCAGAUCUCCGACGAGAGUCUGCCUAAGGAGGAUCCCGAGCCGGGAUACCAUCCCACGCAUCACUGCUACAGCAAGCUAAUAAAUGAGAUGCCAGUAACGCAGGUCCCCAAGGAAUCGGAACCGACACAUAUACCCACACCCGCAGCCACAGCUGUGCCUGUACCACCUUCACCUCCACAGCCGGAAGUCAUUGAGGUAAUGGUUUCGGAGGUGGAGACUUCAAACAGAGGUUCCGAGCAGAAACGCACUCGGGUCAUAGACCACGGCGAGAAUAUAGACCUGAGCGCCAUGAGUGCCGCUGCGAAGAAUAAUCGUUCGAACGCGAAGAGAUCUGCUGAACGUAGAUCCCGCAAUUUAUAAACAAGUCUUGAAAAAAGAAAAAUCCUAUGGAGUCUUCGGUAUCAUUCAAAUACAGAGACUCCCCGCUGUGCAAUUGAAUUGAACUUGGAAAGUUGUUACUAGCAUAGCUUGAAAUAUAAAUCAUUAUGAGCUUAUGAUUAAAAGCUUGUUAUUCGUUUUCUUAAAUUGAUAAUGUUUAAUGUUAAAUAAACAGCCGCUUAAAAU